CGUGUGCUCGCGGGCAGCCCCACAGGUGGUCACAGGACCUCGCAUGAUGCUGCGCCCCACGCAUGCGAGCCGUUCGCCGCGUCGACGGCGUGUGCUGCUGCUCAAAUCACCCUGAGAGCAUAGUAUGAGGCGGGCGGCCGCGGCGGCGCUGCUCUGCCUCCCACAAGUGCGGGCCUACGUCGUCUGCCUACCCUACGUCAGCUGCUUCGAGGUCGACGACCAAACACUGAAACUGCAGCUCGAGGCCUACUGGUGCCCGCCGGGCGGCGACGACGACUUUGAUUGGCACGGCGAGGACGCGCAGCUCAAGGCGGGCUGCGUCUUCCGCGGGCUCGAGCUCGUCGCGCGGAUCGGAGCCUUUGGCGGCGACGUCCGCCGGGCCGUCGAGGCGGGCGUCCUGGCAUUGAAUUUGCCGGAACGGGAGACCGUCGAGGCGACGAUCGUGCAAGCGCGGAACGCGACGUGCCAGGCGAUCCUGAGCCUGACGUUGGAAGCGCGGCAAAAUCUCGGCGCGCCGUUCGCGCGGGGCUGCGACGGCGAAACAGUCAGUAUUAUGGCCGAGCGCGACGGCGACGACUGGCAGAGCGAGUGGGAAGGUGAGAGGGCGGAGCGGGCCGACGGGGAGGUCCGGGCCGAGUUUCGAGCUUCGGAAGUCGUGGAGGCGCUCGGCGAAACACCACCAAGGUUCUACCUGACCGCCGUGAGCUGGCGGAGCCCGCAUGUGUCGCGGCGGUGGCGCGGGUGCGAAUCGAAAUGGUCGCACGCCAUGUACGACGCCCUCGCGACGCACCCGGCGCGCGUUUUUGAUAUAAGAGACGCGGACGUCGUGUUCCUCGACGUCGAGACGGCGCAGGAGCGGAACUGGCCGCGCAUGCACGCGGGCGCCGGCACGGCGAACAUGCGUAGGUGGAGAGGGUGCCUGCCCGGCGCGACGAACGACACCUACGGCUGGUUCCCGGACAAGUGGCCGCCGCGGGACCACGGCUACUUGUGGCUGCUCGAGAAGUUUGGGGCCCAGGGUUUACGAAGCCACGCGAAGCUGGUGGUGUUCGACAUGCGCGGUUCGCCUCGACCGUCGGCCGUCGAGCGUGUUGUUGUUGCGGGGGCGGCCCUCGAGGAUGGGUAUAGAGGCGUCCCAUUGCCGACGCCGCGGUUCCCCGGGCCGCGGUAUCCAGUAGAAGCGGCCUGCGCUUCUGGUGGUAUUGUAGCGUUCCGCGGCCGCGACACGCAUAUUGUAAGGCCCUUCCUGAGCGCAUCUGUCAAAACGAGAAACACAAUUAUGACCAUCUGUCGCGACGCUUAUGAUAUAGGAGAGUUCCGCCCCAAGCUCUGUGAAGACGCGGACGACGGCGUCCCCUGCUGCGUCCCGGACGGUGAUUUUCCGUAUGCUGAUUUUAUGAGGAACGCGACCUUUGGAUUAGUGCCGCGGGGCCACUCGCGGUUCUCGUACCGCUUCUUGGAAGUCUUAGAUCAUGGCGCGGUGCCGGUCGUCGUCUCGGACGGGUGGCGGCUGCCUUUUGAUGAUAUCAUCGACUGGGCGGGCGCCGCCUUCCGGGCCUUCGAGGGCGACGCGCCCCACAUCGCGGGGGCGCUGCGGUCCGCCAUUCCACAAGAUUUGGCGUGCCGCAUGGCGCGGCGCGGCGCGGCCCUCGCGCCGCUUUUAGGGAAUUUCGAGGCGGUCCUGGAGUUGUUGUUGCGCUCGCUGCGGCGGCACCUUUCUUAUAGAAUUUAUGAGCGGGGCGGCAAGGUCGUCGUCGACGCGACGCCUCGCAAGUCUUAA